AUGAGCCGGAAGCUCGCCCCCGAAGCAAAUCGGAUUCUCUUCGUCAAGAACCUCAACUACAACGUAACCGCGGAGCAACUUUUUGACCUCUUCGGCAAGUUUGGACCUAUUCGGCAAAUUCGCCAGGGUAUCGCCAACAAUUCAAAGGGCACGGCGUUUGUGGUUUACGAGGACGUACACGACGCCAAGCAGGCAUGCGAUAAGCUCAAUGGAUUCAACUUCCAGAACAGAUACUUGGUCGUAUUAUACCAUCAGCCCGAGAAGAUGGCCCGUUCAAAGGAGGAUUUGGCGGAAAGACAAGAAAAUCUCGAAAGACUUAAACAGCAGCACGGGAUAGAAUGA